AUGGGAAAUACUGAGAGUAAUGUGGUGAGUGGUGUUAAGAAACAAGCAGGAGCUGCCUUGCAGCCAAUUUAUAAACUAUGCGAUUUGAAAGGUGGUGGCCUUUUAGUGGAACUGAUGAAAAGAGCAACCCAAAAUAAGCAAUAUGCCGAAAUAGAUCAUGCUAUUAAAACUAAGGUGGAGCAUUUUUUAUAUAAUAAAGGAGCCGGUCGUUAUAUUCCUAUAUCACAGUUAGUACUAUUGAGGAAUAAGGAACGACCAAGGCACAAAUGGCUUCCACAAUUACGCGCAAUGGAAAAUCCUGAAGAUUUCGAAGUAGACGAUGAAGGUCCCGAGGUUUCCCAAGAAGAAUAUCAAAAAAACCCACAUUUAUAUAGACACAUUUGUUGGAAGAUAAAAGAUAGAGGGGCCGUAGGAGAAACACUCAUGCAUCUGUGUCUAUUGAAUGCGACUUCUCUUCAUGCUGAUCUGGCCAAAAGACUGUUACGCUUUUAUCCUAAUCUAAUAAAUGACAUUUACAUGUCUGACGAAUAUUAUGGAGAAAGUGUAUUACACAUUGCUAUUGUAAAUGAAGAUCCAUCUAUGGUUAGAUUUCUUCUGGAUACUAAUGUAAAUAUUCACGAGCGAUGUUUUGGAAACUUUAUGUGUCCAGAAGAUCAAAAGUUUUCCAGAUCAGAUUCUCUUGACCACGAAUGGGUUAACGUUUGCCAAGAAACUAAUUAUGAAGGGUAUGUAUAUUGGGGAGAAUACCCAUUAACUUUUGCUGCUUGUUUGGGUCAAGAAGAAAGCUUUAGGCUAAUUCUUGCCCGUGGAGCUGAUCCAGAUGCACAAGAUUCUAACGGAAAUACGGUUUUACAUCUUUUAGUUAUCAAACAGAAAUCGGAACAUUUUGAUAUGUCGUACGAAGUUGGAGCCAGUCUUUCUAUCAGGAAUAACCAAGAUUUAACUCCUUUGACUCUAGCAGCUAAACUUGCAAGAACCGAUAUGUUUUUCCACAUUUUAAACUUGGAAAGAGAAAUAUAUUGGCAGAUAGGAAGUAUAACAUGCGCAGCUUAUCCUUUAUCGCAGAUUGAUACCAUUGAUAUGGAAACGGGACAUAUUUGCAAAAUAUCAGCUUUAAAUUUGGUAGUUUUUGGAGAUAAAGAUGAACAUUUGGAAUUGUUGGAUGGUCUACUAAUCGAUUUAUUAAACGCAAAAUGGAAUACUUUUGUCAAAUUUAAAUUUUAUAGACAAUUUUUUACGUUCGCGUUCUACUUCAUUAUAUCACUUUUUGCUUUUACUUUACGACCUGGACCACCGGAGCCAUCAAUAUCGACGAAUAAUGCUACUAACGCCACUGUGCAAAAUACUUUGAAUAGUACUGGAAAUGGUUCGAUUAGUCUUAACAAUACAGUCAAUCUCGUCUUGCAAUUAAAUGAUACUGUGAAGAAAAAUAAGACAAAGAAUUUAAGUAAUGAUGAUGAUGACGAUGAUUAUGACGUGGAAGAAUGGUGGGACAAUCUAAGAGAAGAGUGUAGGCUGAUGCAGUUGGAUUCCUUACAAGCUAAAAUCAGAAUUAGUGCUGAAAUAGCGAUAACUAUUGGAGCUUUUUUAUAUUUAGUCGCCGCAGUACGCGAAGCUCGAUUUUUAGGUCUACGAAUGUUUUUCGAAAAUCUGAAAACUUCACCGUCACGUGUAAUGUUUCUAUUUUCUUGCAUACUAAUGCUGUUUAUACCUAUUCUUAGAAGUUUUUGUAUGGAUGAACUUGAAGACACGAUAGCAGUGAUGGUAAUGUUAACGACAGCUCCGUACUUUUUGUUUUUCUGCAGAGGUUUCAAGACAGUUGGUCCUUUUGUAGUCAUGAUAUACAGAAUGGUAAUGGGCGAUUUGAUAAGAUUUGCAAGCAUUUAUUUGGUAUUUGUGAUGGGAUUUUCUCAAGCUUAUUACAUAAUUUUUCUCACGUUUGAUAAUCCUUUAACACCUGAAGAUGUUGAUGAUUCUGCUACGAAUCCAAUAUCAACCCCCAUAGAGUCAAUUAUGGCCAUGUUCUUGAUGUCUUUAACAAAUUUUGGUGACUAUUAUGAUGCUUUCGCUAGAACAGAACAUGAAUAUGAAGCAAAGAUACUUUUUGUGAUAUUCAUGGCAAUUGUGGCAAUUCUUCUAAUCAAUAUGUUGAUAGCCAUGAUGGGUAAUACUUACCAGAAGAUUGCCGAAACAAGAAAUGAAUGGCAAAGACAGUGGGCAAGGAUAGUACUUGUUGUGGAAAGAGGGGUCAGUCCUCCGGAACGUCAUAGGCAGUUGAUGGUGUAUUCACAGCCCAUGUCCGAUGGCACUCGAGCUCUUGUAUUGCGACUGAAUCAAUCGGAUGAAGAUAAAGAGGAAAUGAAGGAAAUUUUGGAAAUAAAAAGAAGACAUGAACGAUAUGUAAAAAAAAGGAAAGAAGCAAAACAAGUCCCAAAUAAAUUAGUUCACAAAUAA